AACUAUAAAUAAUUAAAUGCCAUGACACAUAAUUCUCCCCAACCGGUAGGCAAUUUUUUAAAAUUUUACAACAUUAUUAUCAUCUGCUCCACCAUCAACAACCGAAUUAAUUUAGGUCACCCGCUUUUACAUUUCUACCCACACACGUCCCUCCUUCUUCCAAAUCCGUCCUACGAAGUAUCCCAAACCUAAACCACCACUCAAUACCAUGAUAACGCCGGCGGCCGGAAAACUCCUCUCUACAGCCAUCGCCGCCGCCGCCUGCUUCUUUUUCCUCCUCCGCAUCAUCAUCUCCCUCAAAUCCCUUAUCUUCCUCAUAGCCCGCCUCUAUCGUUGGACCGAAGGUCACACGCAAGCCCAUCAGACCUUCACCAUCCCUCGCCAGGCCGACGAUGACUUGCCGGAGAACCCUCUUUACCGCAAGGCCGCAGCUUACGUAGCCGCUCUGCCCGCCGCCGAAGACUCCGACCACACCUCCCUCUUGUCUUCCUUCUCCCGCCCCAACGACCUCUCCGUCCACCUCAUCCCCGGCCAAAUCGUUCUUGACUCGUUCUUCGGAGCUCGCCUGUCGUGGACGUUUGUCUCCCCCGCCGGUUCCGGCGAUGCUCUCGUGCUCCGCCUCCGCCGUCAGGACCGCCAUCGAGUUCUCCGGCCGUAUCUACGGCAUGUCGAGAGCGUCGCGGAGGAGAUCGAAAUCCGUAGAAAAGAGAUAAAGUUGUAUACAAACGCGGCCGGCUCCGUCGGCCGGAGGUGGAGAUCGGUGACGAUGAGCCACCCGGCGACUUUUGACACGCUGGUGAUGGACCCGGAGUUUAAGGCCCGGGUUCGGGCCGACUUAGAGCUUUUCCUGAAAGGCCGGGCUUACUACGCUAGGCUGGGCCGGGUCUGGAAACGGAGUUACUUCCUCUACGGCCCGCCGGGAACCGGUAAGUCCAGCUUUGUGGUGGCCAUGGCACGCUUCCUCGGUUACAACGUCUACGACCUUGAUCUUUCCCUAAUACCUCCUAAGCUUCUCCCUCCAUGUUACAUGAAAGAAUUUCAUUCAUGUAUAAAACUUACUGGCUGGCCUUCUCUUUCGAGUGGAAAACUCACCGUGUCGGCCAACUCACUGGCUCGCUUCUCCCGCCCUAUCGCACAAAAAUCCACACAAGCUGUCUCCCUCACCGGCCGGUCCAUCCUCGCUGUCACGCGAAGACCCGCAUCUGCUACCUCACCUGCCAACGGGCUCUUUUUGUCUCAUGAAAAACUCAUCACGCCUACCAACUCACUAGUCUACUUCUCCCACUCCGUCGCACAAAAGCUCAUCGCGCCGGUCAACUCUAAAUGA